GCUGACGCUCCCUGUCUCACUGACCCCGCCUCCAGGGGGACGUCUCUAUAAAAGCCCUGCAGGAAGGGCAGACAGACACUUUCCAAGUCAGCCGAAGGACCAGAGUCGACCCCCCUGCUCUCCUCCCUGAGCAACACCUCCCAGCCAGGAUGUCUAUCACCAAGAUCCAUGCUCGUGAGAUUCUGGACUCCAGAGGGAACCCCACUGUGGAGGUAGACCUGUGGACCGCUAAAGGUCUCUUCAGGGCAGCUGUCCCCAGCGGAGCGUCGACCGGAGUCCACGAGGCGCUGGAGCUCCGCGACGGAGACAAGAGCCGCUACCUGGGCAAAGGAACUCAGAAGGCCGUGGAUCACGUCAACAAGGAAAUCGCCCCCAAACUGAUCGAGAAGAAGUUCAGCGUCGUGGAGCAGGAGAAGAUCGACAAGUUCAUGCUGGAGCUGGACGGAACCGAGAACAAAUCAAAGUUUGGAGCGAAUGCCAUCUUGGGGGUGUCGCUCGCCGUCUGUAAGGCUGGCGCUGCGGAGAAGGGGGUUCCUCUGUACCGCCACAUCGCAGACCUGGCUGGACACAAGGACGUCAUUCUUCCUGUUCCUGCCUUCAACGUGAUCAACGGGGGCAGUCACGCCGGAAACAAACUGGCCAUGCAGGAGUUCAUGAUUCUGCCUGUUGGAGCCGCCAACUUCCAUGAGGCCAUGAGGAUUGGAGCGGAGGUCUACCACAACCUGAAGAACGUCAUCAAGGCCAAGUAUGGGAAGGAUGCCACCAAUGUGGGAGAUGAGGGCGGCUUUGCCCCCAACAUCCUGGAGAACAACGAGGCUCUGGAGCUGCUGAAGUCGGCCAUCGAGAAAGCCGGCUACCCUGACAAGAUCAUCAUCGGCAUGGACGUAGCUGCCUCUGAGUUCUUCCGCAGCGGCAAGUACGACCUGGACUUCAAGUCCCCCGACGACCCGUCCAGGCACAUCACCGGGGAGCAGCUAGGAGACCUGUACCGCAGCUUCAUCAAGAACUACCCCGUCCAGUCCAUAGAAGAUCCCUUUGACCAGGAUGACUGGGAGAACUGGGCCAAGUUCACCGCUUCCGUAGACAUCCAGAUUGUAGGAGACGACCUGACAGUGACCAACCCGAAGAGGAUCCAGCAGGCGGUGGAGAAGAAGGCCUGCAACUGUCUGCUGCUCAAAGUCAACCAGAUCGGCUCCGUCACUGAGUCCAUCCAGGCGUGUAAGCUGGCUCAGAGCAGUGGGUGGGGCGUGAUGGUCAGCCACCGCUCCGGCGAGACCGAGGACACCUUCAUCUCUGACCUGGUGGUCGGACUCUGCACUGGACAGAUCAAAACUGGCGCCCCCUGCAGGUCGGAGCGUCUGGCCAAAUACAACCAGCUGAUGAGGAUUGAGGAGGAGCUUGGAGACAAGGCCAAGUUUGCUGGGAAAGACUUCCGCCACCCCAAGAUCAACUGAGGCUCCACCCCCUACCCUCUGUUGCCAUGGCAACUGACUGACACCUGAUGCCUCCAGCAUCAGCCUGUGGCCCCGCCCUCCCUGCUGUGAUUCCAUUCAGAUGUUUUUUUACAAAAACACAGAAUAAACCUGAUCAAUAGUCCCGUU